UGCAGCGUGUUCAAACAUUUCUCCAGCGGAGCUGAUCAGAGAGAGAGGAGUGUGUUUGAGUGCUGGCUCUCAUAGAGGUCUAUUUGAAAAUGGCCCACUCACUUUUGUACUGGCCCGCCCAAAAUACUAUUUCAGUCUACAGAGCAGGGCGAGGAAACUGAAGGCUGAGGCAGUUCAGUGUUCCUGUUUUACCUCUCAGACUAACUUCAGAUCAGAAGAUGAGUGAUUUGGAGGAAGAGGAGUAUGGACCAGAGUCUGUAGUAUCUAGCUGUCAGUCAGUGAAGAGUGACUGGUCCAUAGAUCUACCUCUAUACUUCAGUGAUGAAUCUGGACCCUCAGACACAAAACUGACUCCGGAUCAGAAGAUGAGUGAUUUGGAGGAAGAGGAGGACAGAGCAGAGUCUGAAGGAUCUGGCUGUCAGUCUACGAAGAGUGACCGGUCCAAAGGUCUUCCUGGAGACUUCAGUAAUGAACCUGGACCCUCAGACACAAAACUGACUUCAGAUCAGAAGAUGAGUGAUGUCGAGGUAGAGGAGGACGGAGCAGAGUCUGAAGGAUCUGACUGUCAGUCUACGAAGAGUGACCAGUCCAAAGGUAUUCCUGAAGACUUCAGUAAUGAACCUGGACCAUCAGGCACCAAAUUGCGGUGGUGCAGUUUGUCAGAGAUCAGCUGUGCUUCUCUGGCCUCAUCUCUGAAGUCUAACCCCUCCCAUCUGAGAGAGCUGGAGCUGAAUGGAAACGAGUUGCAGAAUUCAAAAUUGAAGCAGCUUUGUAGUUUUCUGGAGAUUCCACACUGUCGACUGAAGUCUCUAAGAUUGAGGAGCUGCAGUUUGUCAGAGAUCAGCGGCGCUGUUCUGGCCUCACCUCUGAAGUCCAACCCCUCCCAUCUGAGAGAGCUGGACCUGAAGGACAACAACAUGAAGGAUUCAGACCUGAAGCAUCUGUGUGAUCUGAAGGAGAGUCCAGACUGUAGACUGGAGACAAUGAAAUUGAGGAGCUGCAGUUUGUCAGAGAUCAGCUGUGCUGCUCUGGCCUCACCUCUGAAGUCCAACCCCUCCCAUCUGAGAGAGCUGGACCUGAAGGACAACAUGAAAGAUUCAGACGUGAAGCAGCUGUGUGAUCUGAAGGAGAGUCCAGACUGUAGACUGGAUACACUUGAAUGUUGUCAGAGUGAUCAGAAAGUUUGAUGUGUUGACACCUGAUGUGGAGUCCUCCAUCAUCCCUCUGUGUUCCUGACAAGCCAGGGAAAUUCAAAGGUAGCGUUAUCAAACUGGAAGCAAUACUUCUUGCUCAUUGAAAUUAAAGGCAAGAAUGUUUAUGUAACAUGCACGCUAUGCCCAGGAAAAAAA